CUCCAUAUAGGGCACCGGACGCACAACUAAGGAAUAGUUGAUAGUUGCUAACUUCCCACCUUCAGAAACGCUCGAUUGAGAGGGACUUCGGGCAAAGCCCAAGCUCAGAAUAUCGGCAUGGAAGAUUCCAGCAACGCAGGAGCCAACGGCGACGACGUUCUCGGUGUUUAUCACCUGCCUCGACCUCUGCCCCUAUGGCUCAACGCACAAUACGCGAAGCAUAUCGUGAAGGGUAACUUCAUGACCUUGAGUGCCCGCCCGAAGACCGUGGAACAGGGGGAGUGGAUCGCUCAUCAAGUGGUCGAGCACUACCGCAACCUUUGGAACUUCGUACGAGUAAUUCAUGAAAAAGAAGAAGACGGCAAUACGAUCUGCAAUCCCCAAACUUGCCCUCGGAUGUCCGCUGGCGCGAACCAUUCUUUCACAUGGCUGAACUACAAGCGGGAGCCCGUCGAGUUGCCGGCCUACGAGUAUAUCACGCUUAUGCAGCGGUGGAUAUCUGGAAAGAUCGACGACACGAAUAUUUUCCCUACUGAUACCAACGGCGUUUCUUACGCGCAUAAUCCAUCCAUCACCACGACGCCGCUCUCGCAACUAUCCAACCCCGAAGACAAAGAUUGGCUUGGAAAGCCCAGUGGGUUCCCCGAGAACUUCUUGGAAGUCUGCCAGACUAUCUUUAGACAGAUGUUCCGGGUAUAUGCUCAUCUGUAUUGGGCGCACUUCAUCGACCCGUUCUACCAUUUGAACCUCGAAAAGCAGUUGAAUAGCUGUUUCAGCCACUUCGUGCUGACGGCCUGCGCGCUGGACAUGCUAAAGCCUCAAGAGUUAGAGCCCAUGCAGCCGUUGAUCGACCUAUGGGCGGCCAACGGUACCUUCCCACCCGGCUCCAAGGCAUACGAGUAUUCCAACCAGAAGGCCGGAGAGCGAUUGAUGCAGCUUGCGAAUGUCGCAUAGAGUGCGCCUCGCCAUAUUGCACGACGACGGUAGCCUUUGAAGGCUGAUAUGCC